AUUUAUAUACAUUGAACUGAUGAAGAUGCCAGAAUAGAAGGAGAAGGCUUUGAUCUAAGAAAUUUUAACACUUUUACCAUAAAGUAUUGGUGUUACUUAAAUUAAGCAGCACAAAAUAAAUAAUGUUAAAAAUUAGUACAUUUAAUUUAUCGAUUGUAGAUUCUAAGUUUCAUAUCUCUACCAGAGUUCCCAAAGAAUACCAAUUAAUCAAGCAUUUGUAUUUUAGGAAGUCUCCAACAAAUUAAAAAAGUUUUCCAUGGAUAAAAAAGUCUCCAAUUAUUUGAUUGAAUCCCUACAUCCAUACUAUGAGAAAGAUGACAGCUUCAUAGGUUUUCCUAAUCUAACACUUUAUGAAGACGGAGAAUUUAAGUCAAAUCAAAAGCUAGAAGUCACAAAUGAUAUUCUUAAUGUCAUGAUUUUUUGGGUAUAAGUUUGAUAAUAUAGUAGUCAAUAAAUAAUUGCUAAAGCGUGUAAUUGAUGAAAGAUUUGAAUACUUAAAUCAUGAACGAAUUGAGGGAAGCUAGAGUGCUAUCAAUCAAUAUAGACUCCGAUUAAGAAGCUUGGUCGCAAUUUAUUUUAGAAUUGGAAAACUAUAAUAGUUAUCAUUUCAACCCUGCUCACAUUGCUUUUGAUUUGCAAAUGAAGACAUUGCGAUUUACUAGAUUUCCACAUGUGGUCAUUCUGGACAAGGAAUAAAAGGUUAUUGUAGUGGAAAACACUAGUCUUAAAAACAUUUAAGACAUAUUAUAAUAAUAGUCAAACUCUUAAAGCAAUUCUUAGACUAUUGAUCAGUCAUUUCAACAAUUAGAAUAAUAAAAUUAAAUUACUUUAUAGUAUUCCAAGGAAGAUUAUAAAGAAAUGAAAGAGAAAAUUCAAACUUAAGUUAUGGAGAUGGUGAAUGCUUUUUUUGCAGAACAAGAUAUUGUAGAACUUAGAGUAGUACAGAAAAAAAAUUACUUUAAAGAUGGAUCAAAGGUAGUGAUAGAUAGAAGCAAAAUACUGGUUUGCAUUGAAUAAAACAUUAAAAAUAGGUCAAAGGAAUUGCUUCAGGAAUUUAAGAACUAUCUAACAAAUUUGCUUGGAGAAUAACAUUAUUAAAUUGUUAGAAAAUCACUUCGAAUAGAUGAAACAGAAGAGCAAGUUGUAAUCAGGGAGAUAUUAAAUGAUUUUGUCUCAUAAUUUGAAGUGCAAAUUAUUCCAUAUUAGUCUGAAAAACAUACAAUUUAAUGGGAUCAUCCUUAAGAAUCAUUUGUUUUUGGAUCAAUUUAUGAACAAAAAGUGAAGUUUAAUAAAGAGUUAUCAAUUAAAGAGUACAAGGAAAUAAUAGAAGGUAUAGCUCCACUUUUAGAAGCAUAGGAGGAAGAAAAUUCAAAAAAAUAUUUAAAAUAUUUGAUUGAAUAAUUAAAAUCCAAACGAUCUUUGGGAGAUAAGUUUUUCCCUAUUGACGGUUUCUAUAAUAAAGAGGAAAAAGAAAUUCUAAUCGAACAUUAGCCUUAAUAAAUGCUUGUUUUGAUUUGGGUAAUUCCUUGUGUGUUCAUCAUCAUGAAAUUAGAUAAUUUUUAUCAGUAAUUGAAAGAGCAAUAUGGAGAUAAACUAAGAUUUGUAUAUUUAGGAAUAGAAUAUAAUAAGGAGGAUAUUGAUUUGAUUUAUAAAUUUAAACCAACAAGUGAAUUUUACUAUUCAAAAGAAAUACCUAUUCUAGCAAGAGAAAAAUAUCAAGCCAAUCUCUUUCCUUAUUAGAUGAUUAUAGAUCAAAAUGGAAUAAUUAGGUAAAAGGGUUUAUUUCACAAAUUAGAACAUAAAAUUGCAGCCGAAUUUGCAAUUCAUCCUUACAAAAAAUAGUAAACUAACCAAUCUAUAGAUUUUGAUUAAUUGGAAGAAUUCCUUUUCAAUCAAAAAAUAAUAACAAAAUCAAUGGGAACCAAGUAAUUAUGUUGAUAAAUAAGUUUUAGCCGAUAAUUUUUUUAUGAAUUAGAUGUACACACUAAUGAGUGCCAAGAACUUAUAGCAAAUUGUGAGCAUGCAAUCAGAUAAAGAUCCUUGCUCACUUUAGAAAAAUUUCAUCAAUCACUCUUUUUUCACAUUCCUGUUGAUAAAUUAUCAAUUGAACAGCGAUUAAUGUAGUCAAUAGAUAUUAAAUAUCCUGCAAUGAUAUGUAAUUAUUGUGGGGAAAGGUUGAGUGCAAAUGAUCCAUAAUAUUAUAAUUACUUUAAAAAUUAAUUUUACUGUUGUAAAUGUGCUGAAAGAAAAGAUAAAUUGGGUUUUGAAUAUGAAAUAAAAGAUAAUCUUGCCUUUAUUAACGCUCCAAUCACUGAUGUGAAUGAAUUAAAAGAUAUAGAUGUGUUUAGAUUUGGAAAGAAUAUUCAACCGAUAGAUAAUCAUAAAAAUCCUCAUGAAUUUGAUUGUAAUGGUUGUAAGAAAUCGACCGAUCUUGGCCGAGACAGAUACAUAGUCCUUAAUAAUAAACGAGGUCUUUACAAACAAGAUGGAUAUACUGAUUUUUGUUCGCACUGCUUUGCCAAGAUAAGAAACAAAGCCCCAGAGUGGAAAUAAUUCACUGACAUUAAUGAAAACUCAGUGUUCCUUAGAAUUAGCUACUUCUUUGGAUAUAAUAAUUUUUGAUUAUUGUGAUGUGUAAGGAGA